AUGGCCACCGCGCCGGCGCGCCGCCCCGUGGACUUUCCAGCAGCACGGGCGACCGACGCCGUCGUCCUCGUCUACCGCGAGGCGGCCGUCGAGCCCCUGCCCAGGCCUGUGAGGGCUGCCGCGGACUGUGCCGAUGCAGAAGCCGAUGAGCAGGGCACCACCGCGCUUGCUUUGCCCGAGGAGGAUGGCGAGGUGGAGGCGACCAGUGGUGGCGCGUCAGCGUUAGAGGUCCGGCCCAGCUCCGAGGAGACGACGACCGUGGAGGGGUGGGGCAGGGGCUGGGGCUGGCCGGCCGUGUCGGGGAAGGCGGAGGACGACGAGAGGCGGCUGUACGACUCCGAUUCCGACUCGGACUCCGACGACGAGGACGAAGGCGGUAUCUUCCGGUGGCUCUCGAGGCCGGCGGAUCACCUCUUCUGA